CAAUGAUGCUGCAUGUUUCGUCUGAAACAGGAAAUCUUGCGGAGGGCGUGGAAUGGUUUUGCUCCUAGAGAUAAAUAAGGGCGCUACAAGAUGUGUUCUCAGUUCAGGCUGGCUAGAAUCAUGGAGCUCCGCGCUACAGAUAAUUGAUAACAGGUUGCAGGCCAGGGACCUGUGUCGCUCAGCUGAGGAUGAGUGCCGCCGCUGGGGAAGGAAGAAGGAAAAGAAACACAUUUGGUGCAACGUCGCCCCCCUUCAUAGACUACUUGAAAGACAUCCUUAGGAGAUAUCCAGAUGGAGGACAAAUACUGAAGGAGCUGAUACAGAAUGCAGACGAUGCUGGAGCUUCUGAGGUGGUAUUCAUUCACGACGAGAGGACCUAUGGCAGAGACAGCCUGUGGAGUGAAGACCUUGGCAAAUAUCAAGGUCCUGCCCUCUAUGCCUUCAAUAAUGCUGUGUUCACUGAAGAAGACUGGCAUGGCAUUCAGGCCACAGGAAGAAGCGUCAAGCGCAAUGAUCCAAACAGAGUGGGGAGGUUUGGAAUUGGCUUCAAUUCUGUCUACCACAUUACAGAUGUGCCAUCUAUAUUCAGUUCCAAACACCUUGGGAUGUUGGACCCACAGGAGAAGAUCUUUGGAGAUCGAGAGGGAGGUUUCAGAUGGUCUCUGGAUGACGACGACCUUUUUACCUUGAAAGACCAAUUUCAGCCACUUCGAGACAUAGUUCAACAAGUCAGUACGACAACCUGGGAGAAAGCCAUAAAAGAGGAUCAGUGUUUCGAAGGCACUCUCUUUCGGUUUCCUCUGCGCAGUGAAUCCUCUGAAAUUUCAGACAACUUGUAUGAUUCAAACAAAGUUGUUGAGCUUUUUGACAGUUUCAUCGCAGAUGCAGACAUUAGCCUUCUCUUUCUGAGACACGUAUCCAAUGUCUCCUUGAUGCACAUUGACUCCUCUGGCACUGCAGUCACAAGACUUACAGUGUCCGUGUCAAGUAUCACAGCAUGCUCAGAUUCAGAUAGCACAGACAACCAUUCGGGGGGCACAACUGUAUUUAAAACCAUUUCUGCUGAUUCACCCAGUGAGGGAGAGAAAAAGACCAAGUGGCUUAUAACAUCAUACUGCUUGACGAAGGGAGAUGUGGUGAAGAUUGACUCACUUGCUGAGAGGCUGUCUUACAGUCCCCAGGUUGAUUUGGCCUUUCCUUGUGACCCAGAAAACCUUUUAUCUGAUGGAAGACUGAGUUGUUUCCUUCCACUUCCCAACAAUGAGUCGAACAGAACAGGGCUCCCAGUCCAUAUCAAUGCCUGCUUUGGACUGACAGACAAUCGGCGCCAGAUCAAAUGGCAAGACGAGGACCAGAAGAACGAUGAAGCCGCUCAGUGGAACGAGAUUUUGAUGACCGAUGUCCUUCCCCUCAGCUACCUAAAGAUGAUCCUCGAUGCUAUUCAGUGUUGUAGAAACUCCAUCCUCUCCGCAACAUCAGUCUACAACAUGUGGCCCAACAUUAUCCAUAUGCAACACAAGGAAAAAUGGCAUGAAAUAGCAAAGGAUGUUCUGAAACGUCUACUGAAUGACCAGCCCGUGUUCUCCCUUGCCAAAGAUGAGAUGAUUUGGGUGACCCCAUCAGAAGCCGUGUUUCCAGCUGAUGACAUUGACGAUGCAGCCUUGACGUCGGCUCUGGCCAGAGUUCUGAUGACAGAAGGUGAAAAUCUCGUCAACAUCAAGCAGCAUGUGAUCGAUGACAUCAGACAAGUUUUCCCUAAGCCAGACACUCUUCAGUGGAUCACCCCACAGUUUGCCAGAGAUGUUCUUCACAGAUGCAAGUUGGAGGAAGUCUCACGCCAUGACAAGCUUUCUCUUCUUGACUAUGUGCUCAGUGAUGAAAUAUAUGAAGAGCUUGAAGGUCUUCAGCUCUUACCGCUUACCAGUGGCAUCUUCAAAAUGUUCUCAGAUUCGGACGACUGCACUGCUCUGAUUGACAACAAAAACUUUCCAAGAGAGUUGCUGCCAUUUUGUAAAGACACAUUUGUAUCCCAGGAACUGAGCUCCAACAGCCUUAAUCACCUGAGAAAUUUGGCCACAAAAGGAAUCUUCAAAAUCAUUAACCUGGACAGACAAAAUGUUGCUGAUUUAACGAAGCAACAUUUACCACAUGACUGGAAAAACAGUCAAGGCUGUGUGACAUGGGACCUUGACAAACCUGAGCAUCCCCAGAGAGGUUGGUUGGUAACGUUUUGGAAAUAUCUGAAUAGCCACUGGGAUGACUUGAGCCACUUUGUUGGCAUGCCAAUUGUAGCUGUUGAGCCAUUUGGAAUUGACUCCAGAUCUGUGCUUUUGGCAAAGUUAGAGGAGAAUCCUACUUUGGUUUUUCAGCACAGUAAACACAGUAGCCUGUCUGACCAAAUUCAGAAUGUGGUUAUGAAUGUAGGUGGAAUGGUCAUAAAAAGGGAUCAAUGUCUCAAACACAAUGACAUUGAGACAUUUGUUUUUCCACCCUCACCAAAAAGCCUGCUGAAAGUCUUCCUAAACAUAAGCAGUGACCAGGUAAUCAAUGGAAUCCACUCUACUCCAAAUGCUGCAAAAGAGGGAUUGAAGUCUUUCCUCUCUUCUCUGGAUUCCCUUUCAAGUAAAGAGCAAAACAUAGUCUCUCAGAUGCCCUUGUUCCAGUUGAUGAGUGGAGAGUAUGUAUGUGCUCAAGGCAAACUGGCAGUGGUUUUGAACUCCUCGCCAACCAUUCCAUCAGACCUACCCAUUCCCAACUCUGUGGUCCAGUGUGCUACCGAAGCAGACCGCAGACUUUUGACCAUGCUCAAGGUUAAACUUUCGGAUUCUGCACACUUGGCCGUUCAUUUGGUGAGCUGUAUUGAGACAGGGUCUUUUAGUCCAGAGAAUGAAAAGAAAACAAUGUUGUGGAUAUUGCAACAUGGUGCCACCCUUUUCUCACAAAAUGUGAUGUUGCAUGAAAAAUGCAAAGAGCUCAAUUUUGUUGAACGAGAAGGACAAAGCCAAAAAGCCAAAGCUUCCAAUAUGUUUGAUCCCAAAAAUGACACCUUCAAAAAAAUAUUCAAGGCAAAGUUCUUUCCCUCCUCUGACUACACGGUGACUCCAAAAAUGCUCCAGAGCCUAAAGCAGCUUGGACUGAAGUCGAAAGAGAAUGAAAUCUCACCAACCCAUGUGCUUGAUGUCAUUGAAACCAUCGAAAAGACUCAGAGUGGUGCAAAAACGUGGGACAAAGCAGAUGCCCUUCUCAGAGUGCUGAAUAACAAUGAUCUUAUCUCAAAUUUCUCUCCUUGUCAACUAAAACACCUGCAGAACACACAGUGGUUCCCAUGUGAGAAUCCAAGCAUAAUAACAAAAGACCUGAAAAGAAAAGACAGAAAAAGAGCUUUCUACAAGCCAUGUGACAUCAGGCAUGCACAAUAUCGUGCUGUUGUUGGACAUGUCAUGCCACUUAUUUCAAAGCUAAAUGAAAAAGUCUCCAGACAACUUGGUCUGCUGAGCCCACCACCUGCUGGGAAAGUCUUGGAGAAUUUAUCUGUGCUGAACACAAUGUCACAAACCAUGCAUGACCUUGACAAAGAUGUCCAGUUUAAGACGACUCUCCUAGAGUCAUACAAGUUUAUGCAAGACCAUGUUGAGCUGUUCAGGGAAUUUAAUAAAAACAAUUCCAUUCCUUGUCUUUGGAUUGACAACCGAUUUGUUUCACCUGAUGCUGUUGUUUUGGCCUAUCCCUCUGAGUUAGAUCUGUCUUCGUACAUUGAGAAAGUUCCAGACGAAUAUUUGCCAUUUGAAAAGUUAUGGACAGAACUUGGAGUGAAAUCAACUCUUUCAGCAGAUGAGAUUGAGAACAUUCUUUAUGAUAUCAAAGACAGGAUUGAUCAAAGAAAUCCACCCGCUGGAAAUCCGUCUGAGUUGAAACUAUCUGUUGACAUUCUGAACUGGAUGCGCAAGAUGAAGAAUCCUGCUAAGGAUGAUACUCCUGUACCAGUCCAAGCUGAUAAGCAAAUGUUCACAUUGGAGCCUGCCUCCACAGCUCUUCUCUGUGAUAUUAGCAAAGAAGGAUUGAUAGACCUGAAGGAAGACGAUGAGGAUUUUCACGUCCUCCAUGAGGAGAUACUCCCUGUGACGGCAGAAUGGCUGGACAUUCCACUUCUCAGCACCCGCAUUCUCAAACCAGAGUUCAUUGGAAUAGAGCAGUGUGGGCAGACGGAACCUAUAACUCAGAGAAUCAAAAACAUUCUGAGGGAGUAUGAUGAGGAUAGUGACAUAUUCAAAGAGCUCCUACAAAAUGCUGAGGAUGCUGGUGCCAAAACAUGCAAUUUCAUGGUUGACUUCAGGAAGCACACAGAACCUAUAGAUAGUCUCAUCGACAGUGGAAUGUCCCAAUGUAGUGGUCCGUGCCUGUGGAUAUUCAAUGAUGAGCUGUUUUCGGAUGAAGACUGGAAAAAUAUCACAAAGGUGGGAUCGGCUUCGAAAGAAACAAAAGUGGAGAAAAUUGGAAAAUUUGGAAUAGGAUUCAAUGCUGUAUAUCAUGUGACUGAUGUUCCCUCUAUUUUGAGUGGUAAGAAGCUUCUAAUUUUUGAUCCAAACGUGACACAUCUGAAAAAGUUAAUCAAAAAUACAGGCAAUCCAGGAAUCAAGCUUGACUUGUUCCAUGAACGAAUUUUCAGAAGGUUUCCCGGACAGUUCAGAUCAUUUCAAGGCAUUUUUGAUUGUGAUUUCUCUGAGAAAAGCACUCAAAAAUUCUACAAUGGGACAUUAAUGAAGUUGCCCUUUCGCACACCUGAGGAAUCCGAAGUCUCAGAAAUCAGCACAAAAGUAUAUGAUACCGAUCGAAUCAUUGAUUUUAAAAACCACUUCACCGUGAAAGCACACACUCACCUCCUUUUCCUCAGAAAUGUUGACAACCUCUCUCUUCAGACUUUACCAGAAAAUGCUUCCACACCUCCAAAAAAAGACCAAACACAAACUCUUGUUAAGAUCACAAGGAAAGUUGUGGAAACAGUUGAAAUUACAGAUGGAAUUCCUGAGAACGUUCAAAGACACAGCCUUAAAGCUUUGAUACAACAUUAUCCCAAAUGUGGUGAUGUAAUUGAUGGCUUCAAAGCAACUAUUACUGAAAUAACUGAGAGUAAUAUUUAUGGAUGUGAUUGCAAGCACUGGUUGCUUUUCUCCUGUUUUGGCAUCAACAGUUCACUGAAAGUGGCACUUGAAGAAAAUGAGUUCAAUGCAUUCUCCAUACCUAUAGGGGGAGUAGCUGUACCUUUGGUAAAGGACUGUCAGUCAGCAAAAUGGGCUGUCAGCAAAAGCGGCUUAAUUGGACAAGCAUUCAGCUUCCUGCCCAUGUCACUCCAAACAGGUCUUCCUGUCAAUAUCAAUGGCUCUUUUGCUGUAAUGUCGAAUCGAAAAAGCCUUUGGGAGACCGGACCCAAAGCAGAAUGGAACAAGGCCCUUCUGAAGGAUGCAGUAACAAAUGCCUACAUUUCAACCCUUCUCGUCUUGAAAAAGUUGGCAAAAGAUGGACGUCUUUCAGAUUACCAUUAUUACACAUUCUGGCCAAAUAAAGAAGAAGUAGGCACCGCAUUUCAACCUCUGGUGGACUCCUUCUACUCCACAAUUGCAGAGGGAUUUUGUAAGCGUGAUCUUGAGCUUUUCAGUGAUGGGAAGAAUUGGUGCUCCCUGGACAAUGUGAGGUUUCUGGACCCCAGCAUAGCACAGCACAAGGAAGUUGGACCACUUGCAGAGAAGAUAUUCCAAACUCAUCAAAGCCCUGGAACCUGUGCCGUGUUACUUCCUUUUUGGGUAAGAAAAAGCUUGAUAAAGAGCGGCUUUGAAGACAUUGUCAAGGCGAGAACACUGAGCUGGGGAGAUUUUUUUCGGGAUGUGGUAUUGAGAAAUUUGCAUUCUCUUGAAUGCCAUGACAGGAAUUCAAUCAUUCUCAGUGCCAUCGACCUCUGUGAUGACGAUGUUGACGAAUUACUCAAAGGACAUCACUGCAUUCCCUCACAACGUGGUGAACUACAGUACAUCAAAAGAACUGUAAAUCCUUCAGGAAAAGUGGCUUGUCUGUAUGAUGAUGAUGAGGGAAGAUUUCUCGGUGGUACUGGAGAUGAGUUCUGCUCCCCUAAAAGAAUUCAAAGGCUCAUUGCCUUGGGGAUGCUGAGUGACCGCCUGCCUUUGGAAGACGUAACUGAGAGAGCCAGCACAAUACAGAGGGUUUGGGAAAAAGACAAAAGCGAAGCAGUGAAACGUCUCCAAUGUUUGUUUGAGUUGAUGGAGGAGCUAGCAGUUGACAAGAAAUCUCAUCAUUGGUCCUCACUACAAAACACAUCAUUCAUCCCUGCCUUACUGCCAGUGAACAUGCAAUCCAAAAAUAGUGUUACUGUUGCUUUGAAAAAGCCUUGUCAAGUGUAUCACUCUUCUUGCCAAUAUUUGGUAAAUAUGACAGAGUUUACUGUAGACCAUGAACACUUAAAGAUCCACAAAGACAACAAAGUCCUUGAGAAACUGGGUGUGCGUAGAGAGCCACCACUGUACAUGGUGCUAAAACAGUUGGAUGAGGCAUCUAAAUGUGAUGUGCACAACCAAUGCUUGUUAAGCCAAAUAGCCUGUGACAGCUAUGAUUAUUUGAACGAGUGGCUAACUAAGGGAGGUGAUCCGACCCAAAUUGCUGAAUUUGCAAAAUCAGUUGAGUUUGUCUUUGUGGAGAACAGAUUUGUACGUGUGUGUUCUGUAGCAAAAAGUAAAGACUUUGAAGCCAAACCAUACCUCUGUGUACUUCCAACUAGAUUAUCAAGGUUCGAGACACUUUGGGAAUGUGUUGGUGUGCAGCAACAGUUCACUCCUCAGCAGUUUGCCACAGUACUGCAGGAGAUACAAAGCAAGUACGGCCCAGAUCCUCUGUCUGACACAGAUCUUGAUAUCUGUCUGGAUAUACUCAGGAAAGGUCUUCUCAAGACUAAAGAUGCCAAUUCACAGAACUAUCUUGUACCUGAUGAAAACUCAAUGUUGAGACCCAGUUCCGAUCUUCAUUACAAUGACAGCCCAUGGAUACCCCUUUCAGUCACUUUAUGCCACAAAUUAAUUGCGAGGGAAGUGGCGUGCCACUUUGGCGUUAAAACAACAAGACAACACACACAGGAUAUGUUUUCGGUUGGUGGGUAUUCACCUUAUUCAAAAGAGUUUGGACAGCAUGAGAACUUAACACUUAGAAUCAAAAACAUCAUAAAUGCAUAUCCUUCCAAAAAGGACAUAAUUAAGGAGCUCAUUCAGAAUGCAGACGACGCAGAAGCAACUGAGAUACACUUCAUUUGGGACAAAAGAAAACAUGGCACAGUAAAGACAUUUGACAAUCAAUGGAAUUUACUUCAAGGUGCAGCCCUAUGUGUUUACAACAACAAGGUGUUCACUGAUACAGAUUUGGAAGGCAUUCAGCGGUUAGGAGAAGGUGGAAAGCAUGGACAGUGUGGAAAGACAGGAAAAUAUGGGCUAGGAUUCAAUUCAGUUUACCAUCUCACAGAUUGCCCAGCCAUACUAACCGGAGAUGAGUGGCUCUGCAUAUCUGAUCCUCACGUGAAAUAUUUAGGACUUUCAACAAAGCAGUCACCAGGACGCAGGUUCAAAUUGGAAGAGGAAUUCAAAAAUGCUUUCAACGAUAUUUAUGAGACAUUUUUGCCAUCAGAUUUCAAACUGAAGUCAGGAACUAUGUUUAGGUUUCCCCUCAGAACUGAGGAAAUGGCUGAGAAAUCAGAAAUAAGCAAUGCACCUGUUGAAGACAUCCAGAUGCGUGAACUUCUGAAUGUGUUUGCUGAAGACUCUGACGGUUUGAUCCUCUUCCUGAAGCAUAUCAAGAAAAUACAGGUCCAUACAAUAAACCCUGACUCAAGGGAACUGCAGUGUGUGUUAACCAUUGAAAAAGAACUGCCUGAAAAAAGUAUGACAAGGAGAAAUCACUUUCAAGAUCAGGUUAAAAAAGGUGUUGUUCCCUGUCAGGUGAUGUACAGUAUGACGAUUUUCUCAUCAGGUCGAAAUUUUCAAGGCCAAAGUCAGUGGGUAGUGGCAGAACAGGUCGGCUCUCACCAAGCCAAUUCUUGCAAACUGGAUUUGGAGACAGAGGUUUCACAGAUCCCAGAGGCAGCUGUAGCUGCAUGUAUAAAACGAAAGCCUACUGAGUCAGAAUUUACUGGGAAGUUAUUUUGCACCCUACCAUUGCCUGGGAGAACCGGGCUGCCAGUUCACAUCAAUGGGAAUUUUGAAGUUGACUCAUCCCGGAGAGACCUAUGUAAAGCAGAUGAAGUCAAUCCAAAGACUGAGUGGAACGAAACACUCUUACUGGACAUAAUAUCACCCCUUUAUGCGGACCUUCUAAAGUACAUGCAGAGAAACAUUAAAACAGGAAGACACCAUAGUGUGUUGUCUUUAGGAUCACAGUUGAACUCCACUUUUUUAAAGUUUUUCCCACUGAUUACAAAAGACACUAAGCAAGACUGGCACAGAAUGAUCAAUCAAAUGUACAGAUCAAUCAGUGAAAGGGACCUCACUGUGAUACCCCUACUGCACUCUUCCAAAGAAACACAGGCACACGUGACAACAAAAACAACUCUGACAAAAGACAUUGGCAGCAAAUAUGACAUGACCAGAAAAUACACGGUCAGCUGGUCAAACAUUUGCAAACCCAGUCCGGUGGAUUCUCCUCAUUUUACGACAGGGAUAAGUGAUGACACAUUCUCUGCCUUAGAAGAUAUAGGGGUUGGAGUUGUUCCUUGGUCUUUAACAAUGAUGGAGGUAUCUGAAGGUUUUAAAACUGCAGGUGUGAAAGUGAUGGAGUUGUGUCCUCACAAUGUGCGGGAGUUCCUGAAAGAAAAAUCUGUGAAUGAUGUGCAGAAAACUGUAGCAGGCUUGCCCUUACCAUUAGACAAGACACUUGUGAAAAAUAAAGGUCAAUUCUCCUUACUUCUGGAGUUCUGCAUGAGAGACAUAGAAAAAGAAAAUAUGCAAUGUCUUGAUGGACUGCCUCUGCUCCUAACUCAAGAUGAAAUGCUGAGGGUUUUUGACAAGGAGUCUCCAAAGCAUGUUAGUAGACAUUGGAAAAUAUUCCAGGAACACAAGGCAGAAUUUGUACAUUCCAUCCUGAACUUUGAUCAUCGGGCAAAAUUACAGCAAGGAGGAUACAUAGCAAAACUGACAAUUCCAGUGGCAGCAAAACUCCUGACACCAUUACUUGAGGGCCUAAAUGAAAAGUCCAACAUUGAACCACCUGCUUGGCUAAGGAAACUUUGGGAUUUUUUCGAUGAUGAAAUCCAGCAUGAGGCCCCAAACUUCAAAGGAGAACAAAAAAGUAAACAUUUCAAAGAAAUUGCAGAAACAUUCAUUGACUAUCCAAUUGUGCCCAUCAUUAUCCCCAGCCAGAACAGACGGGGAUUGCAGACAUUGAGGAAUCUGUCCUCUGUGGUCUGGGAACAGAAAGAUCCCAGAACAUCUGUUCUCCUGAAACUAGGUAUGAUGACACUUCACCAGAAUUUUUUCUUGGGACUUUUACAACUGAAAGAUAGACAGCUAAGACCAGAACUCCUUAGAACAGAUGACAGUUCUGCAGUUCUUGACCAAGUCAUCAAGUUACCCCACUCUAACUUCAAAAAUCUCGAUAUAAAUGAGUUGGAUGACCUACUUAAUUUCCUUCAAUGUGGAGUCAGCACAGCAAAUACCUCUCAGGAAUAUCAGUGUAAGCUCAAGUCAUUACCCCUUUUUGAAACCUCACAGGGUGAGCGGCAAGCAAUCCGGGGGAUCAGCAAUGUCUUUAUCUUGCAAUCAAACCAAAUGCACAAAUUCAGGGAUUUGUUCAACAUUGAUACAGACGAAAAUGUGUUUCUAAAGGACAGCUGGGUCAACUUACGCCUAUCAGAAAGCUUGAAAAUACAACAAUUGUCAGAUCUGGACUUCUUCGUUAAAUUCCUUUUACCUUCCUUGCACAAGCUCACACAUGCCCAAGUACUUAACUGCAUCAGGCUGCUGUUGAUCUUGAAGCAAAACGCUGAAUACAAAACGGUCAAAGACCAGAUAAUGGGAGUAGUCAGGAAUGUCAAGUUCAUCCCAGACAUCUAUGACACUCUUCAGAUGGCCUCGCACUUUUUUGAUGAAAGCCUGCCCCUUUACAAGAUCAUGCUUCCUCCAGAGAAAUUUGUACCUUGCAAGUUUCUGAAGCUAUUUGAUAACGGAACAGGCCAAGGUUCAUUCAGACAGCUUUUAAAUGAUCUUGGACUAAAACACAAUGUGUCAGAUGUUGAGAUAAUUGAAUUUGCCAAACAAAUUCAGUUAGAUGCGAAGGGGAAAACUUGCCUUGAGAGAUUGAAAAAGCAAUCCUUAGCAUUGUUUAAGGAAGCAUUAAUAGUCCAUGGCAGAAAUAGAAAAUCCAAUUUGUUAAACAAGAUUGCCCAAAUUAAGUUUAUUUUCCCUCUGAAAAUUCAGAAAGAACUGUGUGAUUACCACCAACCCUUUGCUAGUGAAAAAGAUUUGGUGUCAAUCAAAGGGUCGUUGCUGGAAGGAAAAGCUGAUCAGAGCCUCAUUUGGUCUUCCAUGCCAAUUCUGCCAAUGGAUUCAUUUUGUGGACGUUUUAUUGCAGACUUGGUUGAAGCAGGGGCUAUUGAUGAACCGCCCACAGAAUUUGUGUCAAAAAACCUGAGUAACAUAUGUCAAUCAAGAUGUAAUAGUGAACAUAUGAUGAACACCAGAAAAAACGUAUUUGUGAAAUCAUACGGAUAUUUGCAGUCAAAGGAUUUCAGUGAAUCUCAGCUUCAAGACUUGCCCGUGGUUCUUGUUGACAAUGACACAGUUCUUGUGAAAGCAUGUCAAGUGGUCUUAAAUCUUGAGAAUUAUGAGGAAUUCAGGCCCUACCUGUUUAGAAUUAACCCAAAACAUGCAUUAUUUGGAGAGUUUUUCAAGAAGAUCGGUGUGGAAAUGAGUCCCACAAUAAAUCAAUACAGCACUGUCCUUCAGGACAUUUACAUGGACUCAAAGGACAAAGAAACUCUCAAUCCUAAUCAGGAGAGAACGCUCGAACGGACUAUUCAGAAAUUGUUUCAGCUGAUCAAAGACCAACCGGAAAACGUAGAAUGUCUUGAGAAGCUCUAUUUGCCCUCAUCAGAUGGCAAACUAUACCAAUCUAUUGAUCUGUACUUCAACGACACCAGUUUCCAAACCACAAGGCUUGAACAGUCCCUCAAAGAAAAACUCAAACUUGUGAAUUUUAGCCAUUGUAAUCUCAAUUUUGAUAUGUAUGAACAACAGAAAUUGCUACAAUUGUUGCCUAAAAAUAUCUGCCCAACAAUGUUGUCUAGUGUCACCUCUGAAAGACUUGUGGACUCCAGCAAGAAACUCUGUACAUAUGGAAAGAACUGUGAGUUCAAUGGCUGGUUUGAAAAACACUUAUCAUCGACCCCAUUUUCUCAUGGUCUCACAUGCUUAAUCAGGCAACAAAGUAAUGGCACCAUCCUCCAUGCUGACGCUGCCAAACAAUGCAAAAACACUUUUGGAAAACUCAAGAUAAUUUGCUGUGAGAACCUUGACACAGAGCUUUACUUGGAUGAGAAGUGCCUUGCUAACACUGCUUCUGAAACACAAGUGCAUGUCACAAAAGAGGCAGAAGGUUGCACUUUCUAUCUUAAACACAGUGAUGAGAUGGGCCUUAAGGUCGUGCAUGAGGUGGCCAUGACACUGAGCAAAGAGAUCAACAGUUUGCUGCAGAAUCGUCUCUGCACCGAUUCUCUGCUCAUUUUAGUCCAACUUCUACUUUGUGAUGAUAUGAAGGAGGUUGACAAAACAUUGGAGAAGGGGGGGAUCCGUAAUAGUGACAGCAGACCAGAAGGGGAUCAAAACCCUGUCCCUGGAAACCCCAUACCCGAAGAAUGGCAUGAUGCGCUUGACAUGAACUUCUUGAACAAUUAUGAAAUGAGUGAAUAUGUUGGCUUCAAAAAGUCAUCAGAAGAUGAACACUACUACUUAGCACUGAUCAUUGAGCGACUGGACCACACAGACAAAAAAGCUAGUUGUAGAUACAAAAUACAGAUUGGUAUUGAUGAGUUUAUUGAGGUGAGCUCCCUUGAUCUUUACCAGUUUAAGCGUGAAAAGACAUCUGCACCUGGUCAAAGUCUUUGCAAAGAUGUAGCACUGUGGGAUGGAUCUGGACCAUCACCGAAAAGAGACUUUCCAAACAAUUUUGAAGACAUCAAAAAGGAAAUUGAUCAGUGCUUGGAAAAAAUUUGGACUCUAUCACAGGAUGAACGACAGAAAGCCAUCCGGCGCAUGUUUCUUCUGUGGCACCCAGACAAAAACCCGGGUAAUGAGGAGCUUGCUAAUGAGGCUUUUAAGUACUUGCAGAACAAAAUAGAAGAAUUCAAAAAAUACGGAAAGAGUCAACCAUCAUCAAACAACUUCAGAGGACAGAAUUGGUCAUGGGAUUUCGAGGACUUCUUCUCUCGGUGGAAUUCUGAGGCAUCACGUCACCGUCAAGGGAGACAGAGGUUUUACCGGAACAAUCACAGACGGCAGUAUAAUUUCUGGUCUUUCCACCAGGACAUGCCGAGACCAGAUAAGCAGGAAGCCAAGCGCUGGUUUUUGCAAGCCCAGUGUGAUCUAAAUGCUGCUCAACACGACACAGGAGGAGGAAGUACAGAGUGGUGUUUAUUCAAAAUCCAUCAAGCUGUGGAGAAGGCUCUCUUUGCAGCAGAGUACAUGAGGUGUGGGAAACACUCUAUCAACUGUUCUAUUUCCAGUCUGGCUCAGAAAGUUUCAGGCUACAACCCUCAGCUCCAAGACUUACCCCGUCUUGUGAGACGCCUUAAAGACUUGGGUGUGGAUGCAAAAACUACACAGUAUCCCAAUUUCCAUCCUCCCCCUAAAAUUCCAAACAAUACAUUCCAGCCUCAGCAUGGAAGAGAAGCUCUAGAUAUCGCAUCGGAAAUUCUACAAAAAGUGGGCACAUACUUAACAUAGACAUCCCUACCUUAAAAUCUUCUGACUGACCUCUGACUUUUUUUUUUGUAUUGAGUAAACAUGCCAGCAAAUGUCAUAUCACAAUAAGAAAACAUUCCAUUGUUACUCAUGCUAUAUCUACAUUCACCUAUUUUGUCAUGAAAGUAAUAUGGGUUCUCUGUCCCUCUCAAAAACUUAACCUGCAAUAUUAUCCAAAUGGUGGAUGAAUUUAUGGUGACAUAUUCAACUCUUCAGCAAUUUCAGAAUACAUUAAAUUUUACACUGUAGUGCUGAGCCAAUAAAUCCAUGUAUAUAACUAUAGUUCUGUAUCUAGUAUCUACCAAGUGCACAAGUGAAUGUUGGUGAUUAUUUUCAUUUGAAUCAACAGGAAUCAGAAAUAUUGUGACAAUACCGUAAUUUCUGCAAUGUACUGUUACUGAUAUGACUUUUCUAUACGGUGAUAAUUUACUUCUGUUAUCACUUGACUUCAAGACCAUAACAUCCAUGUACUGUAUACAACUAAAUACUAAUGUUACUAUCUGUUUGUCAAUGAAUACUUGUGAUUGUAUUCCAAUUGGAAUGAGCAAAUUAGGAUCAGAAAUCUUUACAAUACAUUUUGCAAUUUACUUAAGUUCAGUUGUUUUUCAUGAUGCGAUAAUAAUAAUAAAAAAAUAUCUACUCACAAGAAGAUGAGCAAUUUCAUUUAUGUGCUUUAUUAUGGAAACCCAUUUACAAUAUCAUAAACAAUUUGUUCACUCAUAUUUUCUGUCCUGUUGAAAGGAAAACAAAAAAGGUUAGUUGUUGAAGUGGUCUGGUUGGUAACCACUAAGAACAAGUCCAAGAACAUCCAUCUCUUAUAAGGCUUCAAAAUG